CUAACCUUUUUCAAUUUAUAAGUGCUAUAAUGCACGUAGUAGGUGUGACUUAGAAUUAUUCAUUUUUAUUUAACGGAAUUUAUUUCAAUGUGUUCAAUGGAUUGAUUACUGGAUAUAAUCGAAGAUGUCAGUUUGACCUGUUUUAAUUUAUAAGUAGUUUUACUUUUCGUUUCAUGUUUUCUACAGACUGACCACCAUAAAUAUGUUUUAUAAAGUAAGGAUGUGUUCUAAAAUACAACAAUCUCAAAUACACGUAUUCAAUAAAAGAACGUAAAUUCAUUGAACUAACAAAAUUAAGAAGCUAAAAUAUCUCCAAUGAUGGCGCUCCGGUUACGUUUUCUUUGAUAUUCAGUUUAAGUUCCAGAGUGCUCAGCGUCGGCCGCUAUUCAGUUAGUUCAUGAGCUCAUGACUGUAGUAUUUAACUACAAUGUCAUAUUCAAAGUUAAUUGACCGAGAGCCCAUUUUUUUUUUUAUUAAGUUAAUUUUCUAAGCUUAAUUUAUGUAAACUUUUAUAAACAAUGAUAAAACUGAUUAUCGUAGCGUUUCUAUUUUUGUCGUUACACGUGUCAAAUGCUCACAAAUUAACUGAUUCUUCUAUUGAAGUUAACAACACAUUUUCAUCUAAAGCUUUUCAAGUUUUCAAUAUUAUUACCAGUUAUAUAGAAUUUAUCUAUGACUCCAUAAUAGCGCCAUUUACAGGAAAUAUAAUGAAGCGAGAAUCAGUUACAUCAUCUAAUAAAGUAUCUUAUAAAAGAUAUCAAUUAAUAAAAGUAAAGCCGAUUGAUGAUGAUGCCGUUCUUGAGAUCGAAUCUGUGGCUGAAGAACCAGGUGUGCAAGUUUGGACGCCUAUACGGAUUAACCAAACAGUGGAUUUAGUUUUACCUCCGAGUUUAGCUAGAGACGUCAAACGAUUUUUAUCUCAAAGAGAAAUAGAUUAUGAAGUGAUAUCUAAUGAUUUAGAGAGGAGCAUAAGUACACAGAAUCCAAAAUCACCAUUACCCAAUCAAAGAAUGGAAUUAAAAGCAACUAAAGGUCAUUUUUUAACAUGGAACAGAUAUCAUCGCUAUCAAGAUAUACUCGAUUAUUUAAUGUAUCUGUCAGAAAACUAUCCUCACUUGGUCGAAAUAUUACCAAUCGGAGAAACUGCAGAAGGGCGUCCACUUAAAGUAGUUAAAGUAUCGUCUGGCCAACUAAAAGAAAAAAUGAAAAAACCCGCUAUUUGGAUUGAUGGAGGAAUUCACGCUAGAGAAUGGAUUUCGCCUGCUGUGGCAUUGUACAUAUUGAAGCAACUAGUAGAAGAUAAUAAAUUUUAUAAAUCUAUGAUAACAGAAAUAGACUGGUAUAUUCUUCCAGUUGUUAAUGCUGAUGGUUAUGAAUAUACUCAUACAACAGAUCGAUUAUGGAGAAAGUCAAGAAGAAUACCAGUUGAAUUAUCUAGAACAAUAUGGGGAUUAUCUGAAGGAUGUGAAGGAGUAGAUCUUAAUAGAAAUUGGGAUUGGCAUUGGGCUGAAGUAGGUGCAAGCGAAGAUCCUUGUCAGGACACUUUUGCUGGAACCCAUGCUUUUUCCGAACCUGAAACAAGAGCAGUUUCUGACUUCAUAUUAGAUCAUAAAGAUAGAUUUCAGGUGUAUAUUAGUUUACAUUCUUACUCCCAAAUGUGGUUAGUACCAUGGAGUCAUUCAAGAAAACGUAUAGAAGAUUAUGACGAUUUAAUGUAUGUAGCUAGACACGCAACUGAAGCAAUUAAAAUGCGACAUGGAACAAAUUAUCGACUAGGGUCUUCUCCUGGUCUUCUUUACUCAAUAUCUGGCAAUUCCGAUGAUUGGGCUAAGGGUAAAGCUGGUAUUAAAUACAGUUAUACGAUUGAACUUCCUGAUACAGGUUUUUAUGGGUUUCUGUUACCGGCUGAUAAGAUUGUACCAACGGGAAGAGAAAUAUUUACUGGAAUCAAGUCUAUUGCUAAUUCAAUUUCAAAAAUUAACAACUUAAAGCACAAGCAUGUGCUCACGAAAAAUUAAAAAUUGUAGCAAUUUUAAAUUUAAAGUAUUUUAGUUAUUAAUACUACACUAUCUAUAAUUAAAAUAAUGUUUAUUUUUUGCACCGGGCCUAGCGAUUAAAAAUUGUAUUUUAAGUCUCACGGUUCUGAAAUUACAAUAUCACUGAAAGCUCCGAAUAAGUUUUAAUUUUUUUUACAAGUUUUGUCUAGGAUCCCGCAAAAGAUUGUGCCAUCACUACUUAAAUAUUGUAUCAUUACAUAACUAUUUAUCUAUUCAUUUAUAAGAAACAAAUAAUUUACGCCUCCACAGUCAAAUAAGUACAUGUUGAAACAAUACUUAACGUAAUAUUAACAGAUAUAAGAUUAAAUUAAAUUUAUAAUAAAAUAAACAUAAAAAAUGAAAAACGACAAAAAACCAAAAUUAGUUAGACUAUUGCAAUUAGAAAAUAUUCUAUUAAGAGAAGUCAAUAUACUAUAGUUUUUCUUAUUACUUUUAAUGUAUAAAAAAAGCGAAGAUUUAAUAUAGUGUACCGGAACAUUUAAUGAACCUGAGCAAGUAAUUCCAGACAAUCGAUAUCAAUAUUAAAUAUUUUAUAUAAAAAUUUAAAAUCAUUAUUUAUAUAUCUUAAUUAGAUUGUAAUUUUCAAAGUCAUUAAUAUUAUUUAUUUCAAAAUUAGUUUUAAGUCAUCAGCAAAUAAAAGAUAUUUUCAAUACAAAA